AUGCCAGAGAAAUCAAAAAAGGUAGUCACUUGGGAACAAGCAGGAGCUAGCUCCAACGAUGAUAUAUCGCUAGGUGAUCGGGUAGCUCGCUGGAGUUCUUUCCUCGGAGAGAUAAAAUGGUUCAAUUUUACCAUGUUGGUUUUGAUUCCCUUCUGGGCCUUUCUGCAAGUCCAGAGCGUCAUCUUUUACCCCAAGACAAUGGCACUUUGUUGCUUUUAUUAUUUUAUUACCUUGUGUUCAAUUACAGCAGGAUACCAUAGACUAUGGGCGCAUCGUUCAUACUCCGCUUCUCCGCUUCUCAAAUACCUGCUAGCGGCAUUCGGAGCCGGUGCAGUACAAGGAUCCAUUAAAUUUUGGGUCCGAGAACACCGCGCUCAUCACCGCUAUACGGACACGGAUAGAGAUCCUUAUAACAUUCAGAAGGGUUUCUGGCACGCCCAUAUCUUGUGGGUGCUUGUGAAGCAGCCAAAAAAGAAUAAUCGCGUGGAUAUCUCAGACAUUAUGCAUGAUCGUAUCGUUGUCUGGCAACACAAAUACUAUUUCAUAGCAGCUUUAAUCAUGGGUUGGGCUCUUCCAGCCCUGGUAGCCGGUCUAGGGUGGAAUGAUUGGUAUGGUGGUUUUCUAUAUGCUGGCAUUCUUCGGUCAUUCUUUGUCAACCAGGCUACAUUUUGCGUCAAUUCCCUCGCUCACUAUCUGGGUGAGCAGCCAUUUGAUGAUCGGCGCUCACCUAGAGAUCAUAUCUUGACAGCGAUAAUCACCAUGGGGGAGGGGUAUCACAACUACCACCAUUCGUUCCCAUCAGAUUACAGGAAUGGAAUUGAGUGGUACCAUCUCGAUCCAACAAAAUGGAUGAUAUCUGCCUUAGACUGGGCAGGGCUUGCCUAUGAUCUUAAACGCUUUCGACAAAACGAGAUUGAUGUAGGCCGAAUUCAGCAGAGCUACAAGAAAUUGGAGAAAAAAGGUCGAGACCUAAACUGGGGAACGCCAAUUGAGCAGCUUCCUACGAUGAUAUGGAGCGAAUAUCAGAAACGAGUGGGCGCUGGGGAGUCACUGGUGGUGAUCGAGGGUAUCGUUCACGAUGUCUCAAGCUUUCGCCAGGAACAUCCCGGAGGAGAGAUAAUGAUUCGGUCUGCUCUGGGUUCCGAUGCGACUGGGCUCUUCAAUGGUGCAGUCUAUGAUCAUUCAAGUGCGGCUCGUAACAUGUUGGCUACUCUUCGUGUCGCAAUUCUGCUAGGUGGCGGCGAGGUAGAGGCCCUCAAAUCUCCCCAGAUUUCUCCGUCUACUUGA